AGGAAAAGUUGGAGACCACAAAGACCGCCAUGAGAACAUUGGUAAAGGCACCAUUGGCAUAGAAGGCUUUCGCAGGAUCAUGAAUUGCAGUUACUUCAAUGAUGUGCCCCUUAUUCUGGAAACCCCUUGGACAAGUAAUGAAGGGUAUGCAAAGGAGAUCAAAAUUCUGGAAGGCUUAGUAAAGGCAUGAGCCAUAAAGUGGUUUGACUUUAUGUAACCUUUGGUAAUAAUGAAAAAUAUAUCCACGCUCAACAGUGGUUUGGCAUAUUCCCAUUCACCCAAGGAAUGCUCCAAAUAAUUUGCUCAGUUACAAAAAGUAUAAUGAGAUUGGAUAAAAUAUUACUUUUGUUUUAAUAGAAAAAAGUCCCUAUUUUUUUUUACAAUUUUGUGGAUUGAUUGUAGUAUAUUCCUAAAAUGUAAAAUUUUCACAAUAAAUUCUUAGAACAAGAAACUUUUCUA